GAGAAGGGACACCCCGGACUUGCUGGAGAGAAAUCCGAAGGACCGAGGAGAAGAAGUGGGUGGGAGGCAAGCCCAGCUGGCGGGCGUGUGUGACAGGAGGGAGCCGGCAUUUGGGGAGGCCAAAGGGAAGAUACUGUGCACCAUUACGCAAAAUGCAGUGUUCCCAUCACUGUGAGCAUCUACUGGAAAGUCUGAAUAGGCAGCGUGAAGUGGGCUUCCUUUGUGACUGCACCAUCAUUAUUGGUGAAUUCCAGUUCAAAGCUCAUCGAAAUGUUCUUGCAUCUUUUAGCGAGUACUUUUGGGCUAUUUACAGGGAUACUUCAGAGAGUAAUAUAUUUCUGGAUCAGAAUCAAGUGAAGGUUGAUGGAUUUCAGAAACUUUUGGAAUUCAUAUACACAGGAAAUUUAAACCUUGAUAGUUGGAAUGUUAAAGAAAUUCACCAGGCUGCCGACUAUCUUAAAGUGGAGGAAGUAGUCACUAAAUGUAAAAUUAAAAUGGAAGAUUUUGCUUUUAUUGCUAAUCCUUCUUCUACAGAAACUUCUAGUAUCACUGGGAAUAUUGCAUUGAACCAACAGACUUGCCUGCUAACGCUUCGUGACUACAAUAACCAGGAGAAAUCAGAAGCCCCUUCAGUGGAUAUAGCUCAAUCUCCAGUCUUAACAGGAGCCUUGGAAAAAAAACCUGUUCAACCCAAAAAACGAAAAAAGGCCUUCAGUUCCCCCAAACACCCACCGAGCAAGCCAGUACAAUAUCCAGGUGAUGUUGCAGAAAACUCUGCCAUGGAGAUGUUUUUAGACGCAAAUAAAUUGGCCACCGAGAUAACAGAACAAGCUGCCCAAGGUGGUGAUAAUUCUGAACUACAACUUACCCCUGUGGUGGAGAGUGAAACUUUUGCUGCUCAAGAAAUCCUUGUGCAGACUAUGGCCGUGAAGCCAAAACAAGGCAAACCACAUCAAAAUUGUGCUUUGAAAGAGCACUGCUUAUCUAACAUUACCAGUGACAAGAACUCCUAUCAGUUGGAGAGCUCGGGAGAAGACCUGGAUCAGAAAUACCCCAAGGCCAAGCCAGUGUGUAAUACAUGUGGGAAGGUAUUUUCUGAAUCUAGUAGCCUGAGACGGCACAUGCGGAUUCACAAGGGAGUCAAACCAUACGUGUGCCAGCUGUGCGACAAGGCGUUUACCCAAUGCAACCAGCUGAAAACGCAUGUAAGAACUCACACAGGUGAAAAGCCAUACAAAUGCGAUCUCUGUGACAAAGGUUUUGUUCAGAAAUGCCAGCUUGUUUUCCAUAGUCGAAUGCAUCACGGAGAGGAGAAACCAUACAAGUGUGACGCCUGCAAUCUGCAAUUUGCAACUUCGAGUAAUCUAAAGAUUCACGCCAGGAAACACAGUGGAGAGAAGCCAUAUGUCUGUGAUCGGUGUGGGCAGCGAUUUGCACAAGCAAGCACGUUGACUUACCAUGUGCGACGACACACGGGAGAAAAGCCUUAUGUCUGUGACACCUGUGGGAAAACGUUUGCCGUUUCAAGUUCACUCAUCACUCACUCAAGAAAGCAUACAGGAGAGAAACCUUAUAUAUGUGGCAUUUGUGGCAAAAGCUUCAUUUCUUCAGGAGAACUUAACAAACACUUCCGGUCUCAUACAGGGGAAAGACCAUUUAUCUGUGAGCUGUGUGGAAACUCCUAUACAGAUAUCAAGAACCUAAAGAAACACAAAUUGAAAGUUCAUUCGGAUUCCGAGUACCCAUUGGAUUCCAUCACACUUGACCCUUCUUCCUUCAGCGAGCAAGAUUCAAUUCCAAGUGAGAAAAGCCUUUUGCUGGAAUCUGCUGAUGUGAAGCCUUCAGACCUAUUGCCUCUGCCCAUUGGAACAGAGGAUCAUCAGAUAUUGCUGCCUGUCACGGAUGGUCAGUCUUCCCCAUCUGACACACUUCUGAGAUCUUCCAUCACGGGAUAUUCAGAACCUCAGUUUAUUUUCCUCCAACAAUUGUACUGACAACUGUUGAGUGGUGAAAACUAUAGAAAUCCAAGCGUCUCUGAUCAAAAGGAGCUGUGGGUGAGCUAGAUUUCAUCUCAGUUUCCACUAUGGACUUUGGGUGAUGCAUCUUUGCUUUGAAUUCAGCUUUUUCUCUAAUAUUUUGUUACUCUAGGACAAAGAUUAUGUAUUUUCACCUGAAAGAAUCAAGAUGAUUGCAUUUUCUAGGAGAUAAAAAAAAUCUUUUGUUUUUCUUCAACAUCUGCCUUAAGAACCCUAAACCAUUUAACACGGGGAAGACCCUUCAGUGUUCAUGCAGAAACUAAGUCAAGGUAUUCAAGCUAAAAACAUUGAACUGAAAUUAGUGUCUUUUUUAAACCCUAAAUGACUUAGCUUUUGAAAUAAACAAACCCAACAAUAAUUGAAAGCAACUUUGAAAACAGCCAAUAUAGAUGCGGCAGCUGCCCAAUAUGUUCCACGGAGUGUUACAGAUACAACUGGAUGCCAUUGGACAAAAGAUGGGGAGAGUUGUGACAUUUCCAAGAUGUCAACUUUUCUGUCAUGGAAAAUUAGGAUCUUGAGAUAGAGGAGGCUAUCUGAAGAAGAUGCCAGGUGUCCAGGAGCAGAGAUAAAUCUGAAUGAGAGAUUAAGUCAUUGGAUAUAGGAAGUUGCAAUGAUAUUUGCUAUGUAGGCCACAGGAUGAAUUUCUUGUCUAAACAGAAAUUUGCAAAGUUACCUAUAUCAGUGAAAUAGCCUGAUAAGUUAUUAUCAGUGAUUGUGCUAUAUCAGUGAUGGCGAAACUUUUCAGCACCAAGUGCCGAAAAGGUCACACGGAAACAUCCUGUGCGCAUGCACACGCUCGUCAGGGCCACGCUCCGGAAAAGCUGAACUUUUGGAUUCUAGUGCACAUGUGCGCCUGAUGAUCAGUUGGGCAGCGUGCAUGCUCAGGCCAGUUUUCAGCACUGCUGCGCGUGUGAAGGACAGCUGAUCAUCACGCUCACAUGUGCGCCAGAAACUCGAAAGACAAACAGGCAAGGCCACGCGUGCCGGGUCACAUGGCUUUGCCUGCCAUAGGUUCAUCAUUAGGGUGCUAUAUGUUGGCUCCAUUGAUAGAUAAUAAUAUAAUUAUGAUGUCCUUGAAGUUAGAUUUCAGGUCUUGGGGAUAAAAUUCAAAGCUAGAAUCAUCCAAAGUAAUUUUUUUCUGACUUGCUACCUAUUCUAUACAGAUUCGGCUAGUCCAAUUAUUUGGUCCCAGAACUUUUGUUUCCGGUUUCAGAUAUCCCUGGCUUGAAAAAAAAUUGGAAUGGCUUGGUUACAGAUUUAAGAAAAGCUCUUCUGGUUUAUCAGUCAUCUCACAAAAGUUAGUAGCUUUCUGAGAAGAUUGUUAGCUUGAUCUGUCAUGUUAGUUGUAGAAAAAGAAUUUUAUUUCCUCCACGGCUAUCAGAAAAAUGAAGGGGCUGAAGAAGAAAUACUGACAUUCCAUCUUUUCUCUGGCAAACUAUCUGAUCACUUCUGUACUCACCUAGUUUUAAAUUCUGAGUGGUUCAUGCAUACCAAAUCAGUUUCUAAAUACAUAGCUGACUUCUGAUCUAUCCUUUCUGAUGGAUUAUAACAUCUUGUGCAACAGAAGCUGACCUAUACAAUAUCCACACCAGAGGUGGGUUUCAGCAGGUUCUGACCAGUUCUGGAGAACUGGUAGCGGAAAUUUUUAGUAGUUCAGAGAACCCGUAGUAAAAAUUCUGACUGGCCCCACCCCCAUCUAUUCUCUGCCUCCCGACUCCCAGCUGAUCAGGAGGAAAUGGGGAUUUUGCAGUAACCUUCCUCUGCCACGCCCACCAAGCCACACCCACCAAUCCAUGCCACACCACCAAGCCACAACCACAGAACCAGUAGUAAAAAAUUUUGAAACCCAUCACUGAUCCACACUGACCAUUUCUACGCUGCUAAAGGCAUGUUAGGUUUUUUUUUUUUCUUGAAAAGCAAUUCCCUUCCAGUUGAAAUUCUUAGUAAAAACUCAAGGCAAGCUCUAGAAGUGGUUCCUUCUCUAGAAGAGUAAAAAAAUGACAAAUCUUUUUUUUUUUAGCUCUUGAUGUCCUCGUGGCAGUUAUGUUUUUCAUUUAGUAAUUCCAAGUGUGUCUGUGAGGAGGUGCCAAGUGGCUUACUAUUUUUUUCAAUCACUCCUUGCCAAAAAUAUAUAUCUUUUAAGGAGCUCUGCAUUGUAAAGGAAUUAACCUGCUAGUUUCAGCCAAAGAUUCAGUUUAUCUAGAAUUCUGUCUUCAUGUUUUGACUAGGAGGCGCCCUUAAGGAAUUGCUGAUAAGGACAUGUUUUUAAAAACAUGUCUGUUUGUGCUGUUAAGUUGACCUUAAACAGCGUGUGAACUUAAACAUAUGGUGAAGUUAUGCUCAAACUCCUAAGAAACAAAAAAGAAAAAGCUAGCUGUACUAUUUCACUCCCUUUUCUUAUUCUUCUUUGUAGACCUUAGGAAAUACAAGCCAGGAAUAUUGAAAGAGGUGGAGAAAUAUUUGAGUAGGAUUCCAUUCUUUUACAAAUUUAUCCAAUGCAACAAAAGCAAAUUCACUGUGUCGUAAGAAAAAGUACAAUUAUUAAAUGUAUAGCAGUUUUAGCACUAAUGCAACCUGUACCGUCUCUCUGACAACUAUACCAAAUUCAAAUUAUGGUUCGGGUAAGAUUUGUAGUACCCACUCAGAUAGGCUUACAUAGGUGUAUAGUAUUUAUGUGCAAAACUAAAUAUAAUCCAGUAACUAGGAAACCAAUUCAGACAGAAUGAACUGUAUUCCUUACAUUGCAUAAUGUAAAAUGAAGCAAUGUAUUGUGCAUUUUGCCCUCCAAAAUGGAAAGAGGAAAGAGGUCUUUAAAAGGUGUCCCAAUUAUUGAAUCUGGGAGUUUGUAGAACUGUAUGCGAAGGGCAAACAUUGCCAUUGGAUGUGAUUGUGCAGACAUUUUGGACCAGGAAAAAGAGAAGAGUUUAAAAGGCAUCUCCAUGCAUUUUUCAGGACCAGGAGAGCUAGAGACUCAGUAAUUCUGAUUUUAGGAACUAUGUUCCUAGCCUGAUGUGUUGCUUGGUAAAUCCAGCCUGAAUAAUAAUCUGUUUCUGAAUCGACAAAAACUAAAGAGAGGAUUUUGCCCUUAUUAGCAGCAGCCAAAUUGCUGUCCUAACAAAGUGGCUUUGGAACCUAUUUCCUUCCCCCCCCCCCCCAGGACAUAAUUAGCAUUGUUAGCCUACAUUUAGGAGUUAUAGUUUAGGGAAGAGGAAAAGGAGAGUUAUCUCUAUGAAGCUUAGCAACCACUUUUUACUUUUGUGAAGAUGGAGAGAAUCUGGUUGUUUACUUCUGAUACUUUCCUGAUACAUUCAAAUCAGACUUUUGUGGUAUAAUCUUGCUUAGUGCUGGUGAUACUAAGCUUCUGUUAGCACAAAAAAAAAAUCUAAAACAUGUAGGAAGAUAACUUUUGGAUAUAUUUCUUUAUAAUACAUUAUAAACUACCUUCUGGAGAAAACAGUUUAAUACAGGUAUUUCAGAUGAAGAGGAUUUGGGUCACUCUUGAAUACUGUUUCAGAAUUUCCAAAAAUCUUGUCCCUGGGGUUUUUUAUUGGACUGUAUUUGACUAUUUAAUAUUUAUAAAUAUUUUUUUUUCCUUUCUACGGUUUGUGGUUUGUAGACGAAGCAGUUUUUUUUAAAGGCCAUUUUUAUCUUAUACACUACUUAGGCUCUGGAAGAGCUGAAAAUUAUUGGAGCAAUAACUGAAUAUACAACCUUUUUUUAAAUUCCCAGUCUCAAGAUUCUACUGUGAUAGUGGGAAAACUUGGGCUGUAGAGCGAUAACAUAUCUUUCUCACAAAUCAUGGUUUCUGCUGGUAUUAAAGUACUAGCUGUGAGAAUUUGCUGGGUGCUGUAGGGAUUGUGUCACAAAGAGGGGUAUGCUACAUUUUGCGUCCCCCUCUAGCUUGGGGGCGGGGGGGGGAGAUAGAAAGAAGAGCCAACUGCAUUUUGGACUUAAAUUACCAUAUUUUUUGGCGUAUAAGACGUACCUUUUCCCCCCCAAAAGAGGGUGAAAAUCUGGGUGCGUCUUAUACUCCGAAUGUAGCCCUGCCCAGCUUCUCAAACGAAGGUUUCAGAGACUGAAAAAAGCAGAAAAAAAGCCCCCAAGCAGAGCUUCAGAAAAGAAGCCCCCAAACAAAGCUUCAGAGGCUUUUUUCCUGAACCUCUGUUUCGGAGGCUUUCAGAGGCAGGAAAAAAAGUUUUUUCUGAAACUGAGUUUCAGAAGCACAAAAAAAAAGCAAGGCGCAGAGCUCACAACCAAGGUGUCAGCGCUGGGAAAUGUUGCUAGAAUUCACCUCUGGGAACAGUUGAUUGGGGGUAUUCCAGGAGGCCAAUCUACCUGCCAAUCAGCUUUUUUCUUAUUUUCCUCCCCAAAAACUAAGGUGCGUCUUAUACUCUGAAAAAUACGGUAACCUUCUGGUUGAUGACCAGUUGUUUGGUGUGAUUCGCCAGCCAUUAAACAGAGGUUUUAAUGCUGAUAUGGAACGCUGCCUUCAUGAAGAAAGGGGAUGUCCUUCAUCCUUAUGUUGAGCUCUUGGCUGAGAAUGUUACUAUUUUUGCCACAUGAGAGUUGCACGAUUGUGGGCAUUCUGAAGAGUUUUAUGACUCCCCCCCCCCCACACCCUCCAGUUUAAAUUAUUUCUGAAAUAUUUUUCUCAUGUAUUUGCAGAUCUUUUUUGUUCAUGGGUAAAUGUGUGUGUAGCUGACUUCCUGUUUUUUGUACAUCCCUCUGAGGCUACCCGUGCAGAGGUUGCAAUAUUUUAAUGUUAGAUUUGAAUAAACUGGUUUUGUAACA